ACUCUCAGAGACAAAAACACACACACACACUUCGUACUUCACACUUCCCAAGGAUUUCCAUGAAGAUGGGCUCAGUAACAAUGAGUUUCGCUUCAAUCUUAGCCAAUGGCUGCAGAAGUAUAAGUCCUCCUGUGACCCUUGUGCGCACGUUAGCAACCACCCAUGUUGCUCUCAGCAAGAAGCACCAUAACAAGCACUUGGUGGCUGCUUGGUGUUCUGGGUGUUCAAAUAUUAGUGCUUUUGCAUGUGAAUCCUCAAAGUCAGAUGUUGUACACGCUGCUACUACUACUUCUGUUAGUGGCUACCCUGAAUAUCAUCGGCUACUUCCAUGUCCCUCGGAGAAUGGCCCGCCAAGAAUCGAACACUUGGUUGUCUCAAAAGGUGGGCCUGUUCAAGAAUAUAUCUGUAAAGCUCUGGAUCUUCCUGCGCUGUUUGUUGCAGAUCUCAUCCAUUUUGGAGCUGUAUAUUAUGCCCUUGUAUGUCCAAAGCCUCCUCCAAGUGCCACUGAAGAGCAAAUUAGGAUAUUUAAAGAAUUUACAGCUCCAUCAGUUCUGAGAAAAAGAGUUUCCAUCAAAGGGAAAACAAUACGAGAAGCACAGAAAACUUUUAGGAUAACUCAUGUAGAUCAGUUUGUUGAAGCUGGAACAUACUUACGAGUGCACGUACACCCAAAACGCUUCCCAAGGUGCUAUGAAAUUGACUGGAAAUCAAGAAUUAUAGCUGUGUCUGAGUCCUAUGUGGUUUUGGACAAGCCUGCCGGUACAUCAGUUGGAGGAACUACAGACAACAUAGAAGAAAGUUGCGCAACUUUUGCCACUCGUGCCUUGGGUUUUACAACCCCUUUGAAGACUACCCACCAGAUUGAUAAUUGCACAGAAGGCUGUGUUGUGUUGGCUAGGACCAAGGAGUAUUGCUCUGUUUUUCAUGGUAAAAUUAGAGAGAAAAAGGUGAAGAAGCUUUAUCUUGCUCUUGCUGCUGCUCCGGUGCCAAUAGGAAUAAUUGCCCACUACAUGCGUCCAGUUAACAUGGCUCCAAGACUCAUUUCAGAAGAUUUUAUUAAAGGAUGGAACUUAUGUCAACUUGAGGUCUUGGAAUGCAAGGAGGUUCCGUGGCCAAAUGCUGUCAUUGAAAAGAAAUAUUGUGUGGAGGAUUGUGGCUGGCCCUCCCAGCAUAUUGCAUAUGAGUGUAAAAUCAACCUUCUGACUGGUCGGACUCAUCAGAUUCGAGCACAGCUGGCUGCCUGCAGUGCACCAUUGGUGGGUGACUCAAUGUACUUGCCAGUUGCAAUUGCAGAGAUGAGAAGUCCUGGGCUUAACCCAUUUGGCAGAUACAAGCAAAAUUAUACUAGUGAGACUGAUGAAGCAAAGGCUGUUACAGAGUGGAUUGAACAACAUGGAAAAGAACCAAAUGUUGUUAUUGGUCUUCAAGCUUGUCAGAUUUCAUGGGAUGAUGGUGAACACAUGUAUGAGGCUGGGUCUCCUUGGUGGAGAUGUGAAAUUGCUUAGAAUAGGUACUUGAAGAUAUGGAUCAACUGCAGCAUUCCGUUAACUUUUAAGCUAAAGUUGAGGUAUGUAUUAUUGAAGGCAUGACUCAAUUCAAGGAAGGAUGAAAUCUAAAUGGCCCAUGGUCCUGGCAUUAAGGUUACAACCUUAUGCUUAGUGAUGAACUGUUUGUACCAACUUGCUGACAAUUUUGGAGUUCUCUUCAGUGUGGCAUGAUCAACGUGGUGAAGUCCAAAUCUUACUGUAUAUCCAAAUAUCCACUCGAAGUUGUCAAGCAAGGACCAAGCGAAGUAACCCCUCACAUCUGCUCCUUUUCUGAUCACAUAUAAAAAGGAAAAUGGAAAAAUAAAUAUGAAGUUGUCUCAAAAUCUCUUCAGCUCUAUGAAUGAGCUUCUCCAGCUAUUUGAUAUGUGAAAGUUAUCCCUGGAACUAAAUCAGGUCCCUUUUGGAGCUGGUUUUCUGUCUUAAUGAGUUGUCUAAACCAUAUGUGCUACAAAAAAAUAUAGUUACAUGUAGGCUGGUGUAAUGAUCUUUUUAGUCAACAUUAGAAUUUGUAAGAUAAGAAAAUGAUAGGCCAUGAUUCUGUUACUUAUACUUGAUAGCACAGCAUGUUGGCAUGUUCAUACCUUAUUGCCACCGAUAGUGCAUCUAGAUAGCCAGCUAUGUAGUUCGCUCUUCUGACAUCAUGGAGGAAAUCUUCAAUGGUGGAAUUUGGAUUGUAGACUUCGCCAUACCCUAUGGAGAGCAAUUACAUUUACUUUUAAAAUAUGUAAAGGAAUUUUUAUUUGAAGUGCUUCAGACCUUUACUUACCAUUUUCUGUAAUGAACAUGGGUGUAUUAUUA